AUGUCACGUAAAGCAAGCAAGCGAGUGAGUUUCAGUCCCGAUGUCAAUGAUAAGCCAACAAUCUUUCUUAAACAUGGAAGUGGAACAAGAGUAGGUGGAAACAGGAAGAAGAUAGCUGGAACUCUCACUUUUAGGCUUCCUAGAACCUCAAAAUUUUCACCAGCAAGACUACUAAGGAGUCUCAGUGCUAAGGUAGCAAGAGUUCUACGUUUUGUGUCCAUGAGAAAGGAGUCUUCACAUAAUGUCACUUCAUCAAGUUUGCCAAGAUCAAGAUCACUUGCUGAGGCAGUAGACUCUCAACGAGCUGAAGCUAUUGAAGAUUGCAUCGAGUUCCUAAAUUCUUCAUCCUCUUUGCAGAGGUCAAACUCAGUUUCUACAUAUUCUUACUAA